AUGCUCCUACGGCGUCUACGAGAACUGAUCAAGCCGUGCCUUCCCUCACUGGUACCUUUGGGUAUUGCGCUGUCCGCUUCACCGGUUGAUAAGCGGGCCCUGAGCGAAGAGCAUUUUAACCCACGAUUCUCGACUCUCGGGACGCGCUGCCCUCUUCGCGCCCCAACCCGCCUUCCAGGCGCCAUGUUUGAGGUUCCGGAGGCGAAAAGAGUUCGGCGCGAGGACCUGCGAGACUCCGAUCAGUCCGACGUGGAUGCAGACUAUGUAGUCGGAGACGAUGCAGAAAUACAGGCCCGAGUGAAUGCGCAAAUCGCCGCGGCGCUGGGAUUUGACGACGACGAUGACGAGCCACCAGCUCCCGCGGAGGCGCUUCGAGACCAUACUUCUACCCCUACGCAAAGGACGAGUAGUGCCCAAGCCGACGGCGAUGGAGAAGCCGGGGAAGAUCAAGGCUAUGAAUUCAACCUCUUUAGCACAACCGGCUCGACCAGGCCAGCCAAAGUGAUACUGGAAAACGAUGAUGAAGAUCUGGGUGACGGCGCUUUUGUGAGGCCUCGACCCUUGUCAUUCUACAUGAGCAAGGCGCCGUCGGCAAAGGCACAGGAAGAGUACAGCUACGCGGCUGUCACAGCCGACACUAUUACACGGCGGUCUAAGCAACCGCCAUGGGGCAUGGCGAUGCCAUGGAAGGUGAUUACCAUUAGCGCGACGCGCAAAACGAAAGCGAGCGACAAGUCCGUCAAAAUUUUGACGGGGAAUACAGAGGAAGUUGUCAAAAUGAAGAGGCCAGGCAAGAAGAAGCGGAUUCUGUUGCGCCAACGCGCUACGGCAAAGGCACGGGCAGUAGAAGUAGCUGCCAAGAAAAACGCGGAAAAGGAAGAGAGCCUCAAGGAUAAGAAAAAGAGGCUCAACAGAAUAAAGAAGCUGAGGAAGCGCGCCAAGGAGAAGGAAAAGAAGUCGGCGACUGGCGGCGAGGCAGAUGCUGUCGAUACCGCCAGCGACUCUGACGACGAGUAG